AGCAAACAUUCAGGCUGCUUCAUCAUCUCACUCAUGGAUUAACUUUCUGCUUCUUUUCAUGAACAAAAAGCCCACCCUACUAUGAAUGUGCCGGAGCUUGUAAAGAUAUUCGCUCUCAGUCUUGUGCUGUCAUGCCCAAUCAGAUGCCAACACAGAAAGAGGAAAAGCCAGAGAGAUGACAACCAGGUCAUCCCAUAUAAACCCAAAGGCCUGAUCUGCCCGGUGGAAAUCAUGUUCCUGGUGGACAGUACAGAGAACACAAAAUCUGUGCUGUUUGAGCAACAGAAGGAGUUCAUCCGGAGCUUCAGCACCAAGCUAGUGCAGCUUCACGCAGCAGGCUGGCGUAUUCGCCUGCGCCUGGCUGCUUUGCAGUAUAGCAGCAACGUCUCCGUAGAGCACAACUUCAGAGACUGGCAGGACCUGGAUGUCUUCCAGAGUAGGGUUGGCUUGAUGAGUUAUAUUGGCCAUGGCUCCUACUCCGCCUAUGCCAUCACCAAUGCCACCAAUGUGUUUAAGCAAGAGACAUCCUCCAACAGCCUCCGGGUGGCGCUGCUGAUGACGGAUGGAAGCGACCACCCACGCAGCCCCAGCGCCGUGGCGGCGGCUGCAGAGGCCAAACAGCACAACAUCAGAGUGUUCACCAUCCUGCUGUCUGGACCGCCCAAACCAAGCGCCAUGGGAACAAGGCUGCGAUCCAUCGCCAGCGCCCCCCCACAGCAGCAUAUGUUCAGCCUCAGUGACAGCCAGCUCCACCAAAAGCUCCUGGGAGAAAUAAAUACGAUUGUGACCUCUGGGUGCCCGCAGCCAAAGGAUUGCAUGUGUGAGAAAGGAGAGAAGGGUCGCCCUGGUAGUCCAGGUAAACCAGGGAAGCCUGGGACAGACGGCGCUCCAGGACCAAAAGGAUCUCAGGGAGAACCUGGAACCAACGGACGUCCAGGAAUAGAAGGCCUUCAGGGAGCCAGAGGAGCACCAGGAGACCCGGGUCCAGAAGGACCAGCUGGGCCCAAAGGUGAUGGGGGACUAGGAGGUGUACCUGGACCUCCAGGAGAACCAGGUUCUGGCUUCCCUGGUCCAAAGGGUGACAAGGGGAACCAGGGGAGACCAGGUCCAGCUGGACCGAUGGGUUCUGGUGAGACCGGAGCUCAGGGUCCACCAGGGCCUCCAGGAUUACAAGGUCCUCCUGGGUUUCCAGGCGAGGGUCUAAUUGGACCCCAGGGUGAGAGGGGGUACGAGGGGCCCAAAGGCAGCCGUGGACCUCCUGGACUCGGACGGAAAGGCGAUAAGGGAAGCACAGGUGAACCUGGGCUCCCAGGUUUGGCCGGGGCUCCAGGUGAAGGGCUCCAAGGAGAAAAGGGGGAUCCUGGACCCAUCGGCCCCACAGGUCCCAGAGGGCCUCCAGGACUGCUAAUAGUUGGACCAAAGGGUGAUCAAGGCUUUCCUGGAGAGCCAGGUCUUCAAGGAGAAAGGGGCUCAGGUGAAGCAGGUCCAAAGGGUGAGAACGGACCUGAUGGGGCUCCUGGAAUACCUGGAAUUCCUGGAGAAGAUGGAGCAGUUGGACCCAAGGGGGAGAGGGGUUUACCGGGACCACGAGGGCCAGAUGGAGAUCCGGGCAGAGGCACACCUGGAGAAAAGGGAGAUCGGGGUGAACGAGGCUCCAGGGGACUCUCAGGCCCUCCGGGACCAGUGGGACCUCCAGGAGCAAAGGGUGAACCAGGAAGCCCAGGAAGUACCGGCCAACCGGGACCUCCUGGACAAAGCUCUGCUGGAACAAAGGGAGAUCCUGGCCCUGUCGGACCAUCCGGACCAGUUGGAGAACCUGGACAGGGAAUAACUGGACCUAAAGGAAGCAAAGGAAGCAUUGGAGCUGUUGGGCCACAGGGACCAAAGGGAGACUCCUUGAUUGGGCCACAGGGUCUGCCAGGUUUGCCAGGACUGCAGGGAGAAACGGGACCUGAAGGAAAAGGACAACCAGGAGCAAAGGGUGAGAGAGGCUUGCCGGGUGUACCAGGACCAUCAGGUCCUUCUGGGACUGGACUUCCUGGACCAAAGGGCUCCACAGGAAAACCUGGCCCACCUGGCAUGCCUGGGCCUCCAGGAGAAGGACAACCAGGACCAAAGGGAGAGCCUGGAUUUCAAGGGCCAGUGGGGUUAAGGGGGUUUCCAGGGCAGAGUCUCCUAGGAGAGAAGGGCAGUCAAGGAUCUCCUGGGCACAAGGGAAGAAAGGGAGAAACAGGAGACUUUGGACCACCUGGUUCCCCUGGACCCAUGGGGAGACCCGGAGAAAAAGGAGAGCCAGGACUUACGAAAGACGAGGUCAUCCAGAUCAUAAAGGAAAUACUGGGAUGUGGAGUCAUGUGCAGAGGGAGUCCACUAGAACUUGUAUUUGUCAUUGAAAGCUCGUGGAGUGUUGGACCAGAACAUUUUGAACUGGUUAAGGACUUUGUUAUUGCCAUUAUUGACCAGCUACCAGUCAGCCAGGGAGCUAGCCGUGUUGGGGUCGUGCUCUACAGCCGUUUGAACAAAGUGGUUGUUAGUCUGCAGCAGCAGCCCAGCAAAGAUGAGAUUAAGGAAGCUGUCAGAACCAUGCCCUACCUGGGUGAGGGCACCUUCACCGGUAGCGCUGUCCAUCGAGCCAAGCAGCUGUUCCAAGCCUCUCGGCCUCAUGUGGGGAAGGUGGCCGUGGUUUUAAUGGCUGCUCAGUCAGAUCGACGGGAUUUCAUGGAGUUUAAAGAAGCCGUCUCUGAUUCCCAUGAAGAAGGCAUUGAGCUGUUUGUUAUAGCCGUGGGAAACAAGACUGAUCUUUAUGGAGAAUUCCUGACUCAGAUAAGAACGUUUGCCUCAGACCCUGAUGAAGACCAUGUCUACCUCCUGGAUGACUUUCAGAUGUUAUCUGGUCUAGAGAAUAAUUUACUGAAGCAGAUUUGUGAUCAAGAUGCAUCAACAGCGUUUCUACCAAAAUGGUUUUUCUCCUCUGUGGAAACCCAUCUGGAUUAUCCGGAAGACAGGGACUCAACAUUCAUCCCAAAAGAUGAAAACAUAAAGCUUUGGCUUCCAGAUGGAACAGAAUCCCCUCAAGCUCCACAGCCAACUGAGGUACAGAGGCCUCUGGAGAAGAUCGAUUCUGAGCUGAUGCUGGAGCCCUCAAUCAGGCAGACAGGCGAACAGGGGAAGCAAACACCUUUCAGUUCUCCUCCGCCUACACUGACACCUGUAUCAGGUCAGGGCUGCAGCCAGCCUCUUGAACCCGGUCCAUGUCGACAGUACACAGUCAGGUGGUACUACGACCCAGAGGCCAACGCCUGCGCCCAGUUUUGGUUUGGAGGUUGCCACGGCAAUGCAAACAACUUUGAGAGUGAAGUGAACUGUAGGAAUGCCUGCAUCUACACGUAGCCGAUCGGCUGCAGGGAGGCUGGGCCUGCUGCCAAUCAGAUUCCUUCAGGACUGAUAAGAGGACAACACCUGCAGCACACCAUUUUAAUCCGUUUUAAUCACUUGAUUUACAGUUUGAAAUGUGGAAUGACAGGUUCCACUCUUGAUACGCCCCCAUAGAUCAUAACCAGAUCAUUUAAUGCUCUUCAGUUUGGUCCUAAAGUUAAACCAGUAAUGGCACCGAGUUAAACCGCCUCACUUGGUCAUGAGGAAUUAUAGUGAAUCCAGAUUUAAUUUCAUUUCACAAAUGCAGGACUAGUUUUCUCAGGAAUAUAUUAUAUAAAAAGAUCAAUCUUCAGUCUAGUUUUAGUGUAACUAAUGUAAGUAUAAAUAUAUCUGGUUUGUUUUUAUAUCAAAGCAACAUUAAAAUAAACAUAAAAAUCUUAAACAUAUAAGAU